UGUGUUGCUUUAUAUUUUGACAUCUUAUCAUCUAUACUUGGUUGGUAGCUUGACGACGCGACCCAGAGAGCGGAAGUCUCGUCCGGUAUGUGUGGAUGUGUAUGGGGCCUCUCCAUUUGGAUGUGGGAGCGAAUCCCGAUGGGCCGUCUGGAGAAGAUGCACUCGCGUGCAUGGACGGACUAUGGUGGAGAUGACGAAGAUGAUCGGUACCCGACCGUCGCAUACGCUUGGGACGUGGUGCGUGUCUACACGGGCGAAUCGAAGGCCUUGUACAAGGUCUUCAGCAACGAGCUUGAUGCUCUCACGCCUUUCCAGGUUACUUGGCGGUCGUAUAGUGAUGAUCGAGAGUGGGGGUUCGAGCUGAACAGAAUGUGCAAGCAGGACCGGCUGCUCUUCCGGUGCAUCAUGCCCAUGGUUUGUGUCUAUGCCGUGGAGUACCACUUGGCACAGCGCGUUGCCACACAAUUUGGUAAGGCACAACACACACCACCAGCCGGCCACGAUACCGGUGGCUACGACCUACACCAGUGAGUACCACAAAACGGGCAUCGAUUCUAAGUAAUUGUUUUCAUGCUUUACAUUCAUAAAAGAAGGGUGUUUUACAUUCUUUCUUACGCAUUGCAGGAUGAGUAGGAAGAACAAUCAAUCAAUCACGGAUUGGGAAGCCGAACAUGCGAGAUACGUGAAUGAAUGGAACAAGUGGAAAGGACGCAAAGACACGGAGAGGAGAGUGAUUGACUGGGA